AUGACAGUGGGAGAGAAACUUACUGUUAGCAUUGUUCAUACACUUGCUCAGGAAAAUUCUUCUGCUAUUCAAGAAAUUCGCAAUCAAUUACAGCUUCUCACUACAGAAUUAGCUGGUAGUCGUGAUGAAUCAAAUGAUAAAUUCGAUCGCAUCUUCGAAGCCAUUCAAUCUAUUCAACCUCCUUCAACUGCAGAAAAUGUUGAGACAACUAUAGAUCCUGGUUUAUCUUCUGGAUCUAAAGAUGAUCCGACAAAACGAGUUAAAGAAGCUCAUGAGGUAAUCAAAUUUACUCCUAACAAGUUUUCUAGAACACCCAAAGUUGAUUUUCCACGUUUCGAUGGAACUAAUCCAAGGGGUUGGGUUCAAAAAUGUGAGCGAUAUUUUGCUUUUCAUAAUUUUGCAGAUUCAGAUAAAGUAGAUAUGGCUGCAAUUCAUUUUGAUUCUAAAAUCGAUCCCUGGUUUUUAAAUUAUCAACAAGGUAAACCUGAGAUGGUUUGGCAUACAUUUUUUCGUGAUAUGUGUCUUCGAUUUGAGGAUGUAGCAAUUGAUAAUUAUGUUGGCAGUUUCAAUAAGCUAUCUCAGCUCACUACUGUUGAUGAUUAUUAUGACAAAUUUGAACAUUACAAAGCUUAUAUGGUAGUCAACAACCCAACAUUACCUGAGUCUUUCUAUACUCUGAGUUUCAUUAGUGGAUUGAAGGACGAAAUUCGUACUACAGUUCAAAUGUUUAAGCCACGGGAUACUUCUAGAGCUUUUUACUUUGCAAGAAUGCAACAAGCCUCACUUCUGAGUUCUUCUAAACCUAUAAAAAACCCUUCUAGGCCAUUCUUUCCAUCAUCCGUUUCCAUUCCUCCCAACCCAUCUAUAUCUAAACCAUAUUUCUCUCCCACAAAUACUUUUCAGAAACCAUCUACUUCAUCUCAACCACCUUUCAUUACUCACCCCCCUACACCUACUAAAACUGACCCACCUCUUCCACCUAUAAAAAAACUUACCCCUCAACAAAUAAAGGUUCGCAGAGAUAAAGGUCUCUGCUAUAAUUGUGAUGAGUUAUACAGAGUUGGCCACAUUUGUAAGACUCAGCAGUUGUUCAUGCUUGUUGCUAGUGAGGAAGACUUAAGUGAUCAAAGUGAUACUUCACCUGAUGAGAAUAUGACAGAUUCUCCCUCUAGUUCUGACACCACUAUGGAGAUUUCGCUACACGCUUUAACAGGCCAAUCUUUUCAUGACACUAUUCGGAUUUCAGGCCAUCUCCAUCAGCAAGCUAUCAUGGUUUUAAUCGACACAGGCAGUACGCAUAGCUUCAUCGAUUUUCAUCUGGCUGACAAGCUUAAUGUCCACAUUUCACCAACAGCUCCUAUGCUUGUAACUGUUUCCAAUGGAGAUAGCACCAUCAGCAAGGGUAUGUGUCGUAGCCUUCACUGGGAAAUGCAGGGUUACAACUUUUAUACUGAUUUACGCGCUCUCCCUCUCGGCGGAUGUGAUAUGGUGCUUGGUGCAGAUUGGUUGCGACAACUCGGUGAUGUGCUCUUUAACUUUUCUAAGCUCACCAUUUCUUUUAUGCAUCAUGGCUGUCACACUACCUUACAAGGUAGCUCUUCUAAGCCUUCACUUAGUCUUUUAAGCUUUACUUCCUUUAAGAAAUUUAUCAAAAGUAAGGCACCUACCUUAAUUGGCCAGUUUUUUCAUGUUCAUGCUACACCUAUGCAACCAAUUCCUAGUGAGGUUUCUACCUUAAUAGACUCAUUUUCGGGUAUCUUUUCAAAACCUACACAACUGACACCUUCUCGUCCACUAGAUCAUAAGAUUCCACUUAAACCUAACUCCAUACCUCCUUCUCAGAGACCAUACAAAUGUCCCUUUAUUCAUAAAGUUGUUGUGGAGCAACUUGUACAGGAAAUGCUUUCUACAGGGCUUAUUCAAAAGAGCCACAACCCUUUUGCUGCUCCAAUCCUUUUAGUGAAGAAGAAAGACGGAACAUGGAGGUUCUGUGUUGAUUAUCGCAAGCUCAAUGACUUGACUGUGAAAGAUAAAUUUCCUAUUCCCUUAAUAGAGGAGUUCCUAGAUGAGUUGAAUGGUGCAGUUAUCUUUACCAAGAUUGAUUUAUUGUCAGAUCAUGUGAAACACCUUACUCUGGUUUUUUCAUUAUUACGCCAACAUUCCUUGUAUGCCAAAUUCUCCAAGUGCAGCUUUGCUCAGCCACAACUCGAGUACUUAGGACACUUAAUCACUGGAAAUGGUGUAGCUGCAGAUCUUGAUAAAGUUGAAGUUAUGCUCAAUUGGCCUCAACCACAGAAUUUGAAGCAAUUACGUGGUUUCUUAGGACUGACUGGUUAUUAUCGCAAGUUCAUCAAGGGGUAUGGCAAUAUAUGCAAACCACUCACAGAAAUGUUAAAAAAGAAUUCAUUCUUUUGGAAAAAUGAUGUACUUACAACCUUCUCUUCUAUCAAGUCAGCUAUGACUCAAGCUCCAGUUUUGGCCUUGUCGGAUUUCACCAAAACCUUCACAUUGGAGACUGAUGCUUUCUCAAGGGGUGUGGGUGUUGUGCUUCUACAAGAUAACAGACCAAUUGCAUUUUACAGCAGACCAUUGGGACCCAAGGCAUUGGCUUUAUCUACAUAUGAGUAA